AAAGUUUUUCACCAACGAACUUCUUGGCAGUUCUUCGCGGGCCAGUUUUAUUCGAACAGGCCGAUACUAAGCACGCGUUGUUUUCGAGUCUGUAGUGCGUCCAUCGGAGUGCAAUGUUUACUUUGGAAGAUAUUUUUUACAGCCGGUGGCUAGCCGUAAUCGGAUUCUACGCGUUGCUUGUGUACCUGAUCGAUGUGCUCAUAUCACCAUGUCAGAUCUUCUGGCAUACACUGACUAAAGGCAACAUUCCACUUCCAGAGCGCUUUGGAAAAUGGGCUGUUGUGACCGGAGGUUCCGAUGGAAUCGGGAAGGAGUACGCAAUAAAUUUGGCCAAAGCUGGAAUGAAUGUGGUGCUGAUUUCGCGCACUGAAUCCAAACUCGUUCAGGUUGCAGCCGAGAUCAAGCAAAACUGUCCCACAGUUGAGGUGAAGAUUCUGGUGAUCGAUUUUGCCGACGGCACGGUAGUGUAUGACAAAAUUCGAGAAGAACUGCAAGGACUGGAAGUAGGAAUUUUGGUCAACAACGCAGGCAUGCUCCACAGGACACCGGUGCGUCACGAACAGCUGACCCGUGAAGAAAUCGAAGACACCAUUUCCGUCAACUCAAUUCCACCGGUGAUGCUGACCCACAUGCUGCUUCCGGAUAUGAGAAGCCGUAAAAAGGGAGCGAUCAUCAACGUAGCGUCUGGUACCGCAGUUUUCCCACUUCCGUUUGCAUCCACCUAUUCCGGAUCGAAAGCGUUCCUGGUCAGUUUCACCAAGGCACUGCAACAGGAGCUGAUCGGAACCGGAGUGUCAUGUCAGAUAGUGCUUCCGAUGGUCGUUGCCACAAACAUGACAUCCAAAUACCAUAGCAUCGGACUGACCCGGCUUAUUUCUCUGGACGCUCCAACGUAUGGGAAGCAUGCAGUGAAAAAAAUCGGAAAAACUGAUCGCACCACGGGAUGUGCAUUCCAUGGCUUACAGAUGGCGUUCAUUCGACUGUUUCCUACUUGGCUUGUAACGCUUACGGCCACUAUGCUGAUGACGCUAACCAGACGAGUUUUCAAAACGAAGUCUUCUUAAUCGAAAGCUUUUUGUAUUUGAAAAUAUUCAGAUUUUGUUUUUAUUUACGUUUUUAAGUUUCUUUGUUUCUUUUAUAGUCAUUUAAAAACCUUUUUUUAACAACGAUGCAGUUGGCGAGCAGUCAUUAAAAAGCAUUAGUACAAUUGUAUUUGAUGUCGGCUCUUGGGCUCGAACUCAUGGACAUCCACUCAUUAGGCAACUGUUCCGCCAUGUAAAGUAUUUCUAUUAUGUAUUUUAAAUAAAUUCAAUAAAAUAA